AUGUCCAGUGAUUUUCCUAUUGACAUAAAUCAAUCAUUUGAAAAUGUGCAGUCAGUUAAUAGUAAUAGAAGCCUUAGAGGAUUGUUUUUAGUGGGAUUAACUGGUGGUAUUUCCAUUGCGUUGAGCGUAAUUUGUUAUCCAUUCAUAUCUCCAGCUUUGAGGAAAGUAUGUUUACCAUAUGUCCCAGCUACCAACUUACAAAUCCAAAACGUUCUGAAUGUAAUCAAAGGACGAAAAGGGAAAUUAGUGGACUUAGGCAGUGGCGAUGGGAGAAUAGUUAUGAAUACAGCAAAAGCAGGAUUUGAAUCAGUUGGUGUAGAGUUGAAUUUUUGGUUAGUGAUGUAUUCACGUUUGGUAGCCAUGAAAUCUAAAAUUAAACCUUCUCCAAAAUUUAUUCGAACAGAUUUGUGGAAAUAUCACUUAGGACCUUUCACAAAUGUUGUAAUAUUUGGUGUUGAAGAAAUGAUGUUGGAUCUUGAAAAAAAGUUCUCCGAGGAAUUGUCUGAAGGAACAGUAAUAGUUGCUUGUCGCUUUCCGCUCCCAAAUUUGGAACCUUAUUUAGUCAUUGGCACAGGAAUUGACAGAGUUUGGGCUUACAGAAUAUCUAAGACCAAACCAUAAUCCAUCAGAACAUGUUUUUAUAGCCCAGGAACUGAUGGCACCUCAGGACACGUUUGUGAUUGCGCCACACCAGGUCACAAUUUAAAAAUGUGUAAAAGUGAAAAUAAUUAUUUUUAAAAUUGAGGCUUGAUUUAAUGAUUUAUGUUUUAUUCUAAUGACAUAAUAUUCAACAUUUUUUGUGUUAUGUUUUUCUUUGCUAAUUGUUAGUGGUUAUAAAAGUUAACAUUAAGUGGAAGUCAAAUGUGUUGUCUCUGUCUUACAAACAUACAACAGUACAUUUGGUACAACAUAUCAAAAUUGAAUUCAGCAGAACUAGUUUUGUGUUGUUAGGCUUUAAUAUUAAAGCAAAUUAAGCUACCAUAAGACUUAAAGCUAGGUAUAACUAUAUAAGUGGUAUAAUAAUAUUUUCUGCAUGUGUAAGACGUACCUACGUACAUUUUUUAUGAUAUUUUAAUUGUUAUGCAAGUUAUCAGUAUGUAAAAUAUUGCUUUUUAAAAAUACUCAAAACACUGUUAAAAAUUAAAAUAUUGUAAAAAAACAACAUACAAAUAGAGAUUCACUCUAAUAUUAAUGGUAACGAGACAAAAUUGGUUCUUUUGACUCGGAUUUGCUAGGCUCUAUGUUGUAAUUUGCUUUGUGAAGCUGGAGAUAAAUGACAACACGUGUGGGUAUGAAGUCCACUUAAUAACAUAUAGCAAUGAUUAAUGAAGUGUUUGGUAUAAAGAAUUAAAUCUGUUCAUGUACAAAAAUGUUAUUUAACUAAUAAAAAUAAAAAUGCCAACAUUUCAACUGUUCUGAA